AUGCUGGUUGCUAUGUCGGCCACUACCCCCGCCAAAGGGUCAGAGCCGAAGGCCAAAGAGGCUGCAUCCCGCCCGUGCCCUGCGUCAUGCGGGGCAUCCAUCUCGGGCAGGGACCCUCAUCCGAUGUGCAUAGCUUGCAUGGGCGCUAAACACGCCCAGGCGGCUUUGGCGGACCCGCAGUCGUGUCUGCACUGUGCGCCAAUGCCGGAGAAGGUUCGGGAGAGAAGGCUGAGAGUGGCGGCAUCCUCAAAGCAGGACCCGUGCCUGUCUGGAACUGCCCCAAAAGCCUCAACCAGCACCCGCCUGCCGCGAGCUUCUUCGAGCUGGGCGGACAUGAUGGAUGCUGAGUCCCCGGAAAUGCCUCCACUUUUCGAGGAACUGCUCGAACUGGAGCCGGGUGAUGAGGACGCAGAGGGCGAUGCCAACUCUGACCUCCUUGACGUGGACGACAUGGAAGAGGAGGAGGAUGACUCCACCUUUCCUGUCGAACCACCCAGACCCCCCAGUGCAUCUGAUGUUGUCCCCCCUGUGGACAACAAUCUGUAUGAGGUCUGCAAACGGGCCGCGUCAAAAUUGGGCAUACAAUGGCCAGCAGCCCAGGAUGCUGCAGGGGGGGAAAGAGACCUAUACGACGGUAAAAGGCUGCCGCCUACCCUACCGCCGUCUAAACAACUUCUGCCAGCCGUCCCCAUCUGCAUGAAGGAGAUGGGCAGGUACUGGUCCAGCCCGUUCAAGAGUAAGCUCCCCACCAAGUGCUACUCAAAACUAGAAGUUGAUGGGAUGGGAGAGCUGGGCCUAGCGGGCCCACCAGAGUUAGAACCUUCAGUGGCUUACCACCUCCACCCAAACCGCCGCUCUCUCUCAGCUUCCUCUAACAUCACCCUGCCUAAUAAAACAGAGCGCCUCACCGCCUCUGUUUUACAGAGAAUGUACCGCUAUGCGGCACAGUCAGUGUGUUCGCUAAACGCGGUGACUUUGCUGUCGGCGUAUCAGGGAGAGAUCUUAGAGGAGAUGGGCAGACAACUGGACUCUGGGGCACCAAACCCGGCCCUGUGGGAUGAGAUUUGCGUUGUGAACAAUCUCAUCCUCCGCUCAUCACGAGGUGCGGUGCAGGGCUGCGGCCGUGAAAUGGGACUUGCGGUCUCAGGUGAGAGGGCCCUAUGGCUGAAUCUUUCCGGCCUCAGCGAUGUCCAGAAGGCAGAGGUAAUGGAUGCUGCUUAUGACCCAGCUAAGGGUUUGUUUGGCCCUGCACUUGAAAAGAUGCGGGAGGCCAGCACCCUCAGAAAACAAGAGGGCGAAGCCUUCGACCUCUGUUUGCCCCGAAAGCACGUCCCUCGCACCCCGCAGGUGCCCAGGGGGGGAGCUCACGCUCCACUGAGGGGAGGCCGCGUCCUCCAGGUAAGGGAGGUGACGUCACCCUACGGUGCGUCCAGCCCACUCACUCGACGGGCAGAACGGUGGCGCGCAUGCGCAGUACAUCCGUGGGUCUUGUCCACUAUUUCUCAGGGGUACAGACUACAAUUCGCUAUGAAGCCACCCAGAUUCAACGGGGUGUUAGUUUCAGUAGCCAAGGGCGAUUCAGCUCGAGUCCUAGAGGGCGAAAUAACAUCGCUGUUGAACAAACAGGCGAUCAGAGCUGUCCAGAGCGAGGAAGCGCAGCAGGGUUUUUACUCCCGCUACUUCCUCAUCCCAAAAAAGGGGAGCACUUCCCUCCGUCCCAUUUUAGAUCUCCGUGUGUUAAACAGGCACUUACGCAAGUACACGUUCAGGAUGUUAACACACAAGGGGCUCUGUCGUUCAAUCCGUCCGGGGGAUUGGUUUGUAACGAUCGAUCUUUCGGACGCUUAUUUUCAUAUCGCCAUUUAUCCAGCACACCGGAGGUUUCUCAGGUUUGCUUAUCAGGGCAAAGCCUACGAGUACCAAGCCAUACCAUUCGGGCUCUCAUUAGCCCCGCGGGUGUUCAGCAGGUGUGUGGAAGCCGCUUUAGCUCCGUUACGGAGAGUAGCGUCCCUCACGCAGUGCCUCUCCCUCUUCCGGCUUGGGAGAGCGGUGCCGUUCAGACUAUGCCUUCGCCUACUCGGCUUGAUGGCGUCAGUGAUAUCUGUGGUACAUUUGGGGCUUCUACGGAUGAGGGAUUUUCAGCGCUGGGUCGCGGCAUUGCGCCUGUGCCCGCGCCGUCACCUCAACCGCAGAGUGAAAGUGUUUCCGUUGUGCGUGGCUGCGCUCCGCCCGUGGGGGGACGUGACAGCUCUCGAGUCAGGUGUCCCGCUGGGGGCGGUGUCAUCCAGGGUAACCUUGACAACGGAUGCUUCCCUAUCAGGGUGGGGAGCAACCAUGUUGGGCAGGACGGUGAAUGGAACCUGGGACCCGAGGCUGGCUCAGAGUCACAUAAACAUCUUGGAACUCUGGGCAGUGUUUUAUGCACUAAAACAUUUUCUGACAUUUCUCCAGGGACGCCACGUCCUGGUAAAAACAGACAACAUCACCGUCGUGGCGUACAUCAACCGCCAAGGCGGCACUCGCUCACUGCAGUUGAACAAGUUAGCUUGAAAGCUAAUCCUGUGGAGCAGCACCAAGCUCCUGUCUCUUCGAGCCACACACGUUCAAGGGGUGCUGAACAGAGGUGCAGAUCUUCUGUCCCGAGGGAACCCUCUGUACGGAGAGUGGGCUCUUCACCCUCAAGUGGUGAAGCAAGUCUGGCAGAAAUACGGCCAAGCAGACGUAGAUCUCUUCGCCUCGCGGGAAAACACCCAAUGUCCACUGUUUUUCUCCCUGGCAGACGCGAACGCACCACUGGGGAUGGAUGCGCUGGCCCACUCGUGGCCAAACGUGCUGCUCUAUGCAUUCCCCCCGCUCAGCCUGAUCUCCCCCACUCUAGACAGGGUACGAGAGCAGGGCUUGACGCUAAUCCUGAUAGCGCCGCGGUGGCCGUCCAAACAUUGGGUGGCGGAAAUAAUACAGCUCUUGACGGACGAGCCGUGGCCUCUGCCCAUGCCCGACCUUCUGUCCCAGGCUCGCGGGGAGAUCUACCACCCUCACCCAGACCGAAUAGCGCUCUGGGCUUGGCCGGUGAGAGGUGGAACCUGAACGCAACAGGCCUGCCUGAACGGGUCAUUGACACCAUUCAGAGUGCAAGAGCCGCCUCCACACGCUCCCUUUACAGUGGUAAAUGGCGGGUUUUUGAGGAAUGGUGCCGUCUUAGGCACAUCAUUCCUUUCCAGUGUUCGGUGGUCAACCUGCUAUGCUUUCUGCAGGAUUUAGUAGACAAGGGCAAAGCUUUUUCUACUAUUAAAGUAUAUUUGGCGGCUAUCUCAGCCUGUCAUUUGGGCUUUGGUGAAAGGACGGUGGGGCAGCACCUUUUAGUAUGUCGUUUCAUGAAAGGUGCUCGCCGCAAGCUCCCCGUCUCCAGGCCCCUGGUUCCUCUGUGGGAUCUAUUGGUGGUGUUGGAGGCCCUCUCUCAACACCCGUUUGAGCCGAUGGAGGCAGCGGAGAUGAAAUUUA